AUGCAAAGGGCAAGAUCUUCUUCGCGCCACCGCUCGUGGUUGCAGUCGCUACUGCAGACCUCGGAGUCCUUUAAGGACCCCGCUUCGCACCUGAACAAAUUGGAUCAUAUGUCGGAGUCCACGGAGGCUGUAUUCCGCCAGCGCAACAGUCUCAAGGAAGUCACAUUCCCGGAGAGCCAGCAUAUAGUGAAAGACCUUGUGCAGGAAAUCAUGGACCAGAAGCGGGGCAACAUCACGCCCUCCGAAUCGGAGUGUUCGCUGGACGACGAUAUGCGGGAAUCUAUGAGCAUGGAUCCCCGCCUGAAGCUCUGGUACGACACGCUCCAGAAUCGAGCGACUGUCCAGGCGAAGAUUCAACGGAAGCUGGGCCGUCGUCCCCAGGAGAUGCUGAUCAGCACGGCGGGGCCUAGAGAUCGGGGCACCGUGGAGCGGCUGCUGGACCUCGCGGGUCGCCUGAAUCCCACGACCCUGGCCCAACGGAAGCCCGCCGUCCUUCCCGCCCAGAUUGACGCGCAGCAGUGCCGGUACCUGCCCGAACUGCAGGAGACGCUGCCGCGGGCCGAGCAGAGCGGGCGGGCGGUGGUGGAGGUCAGUGGUCUGACCCGCGCCACCAGGCAGGAGAUCCUGGGCACGGCGCACCAGGAACCGGAAAAGAAAACCCAGUGGCUGGGCUCCCGACUGCUGGAGAAGCGCAUAGAGCGACAGAGCGGCGACAUCAAGCGCGGGCUGCAGUUCUUCCCGGAGGUGGACAAACUGGAAGUGGUGGGCGACACCGUGCAGGAGUACCUCAAUCAUGUCCAUGACUCCAGCAAGAUCGAGCGGGUGUCCUGUGGCUCUAUUUACAGAGUGAGCAGUACGUCGCAAAUCCUGUCGCAGGAGGAGAAGACGCCAAGCGAGAAGAUGGCGGAGCCUGCCCCAGAAACUUGGAUGGACCGUGCAGCCGUCAAGAUCAACGGCGUUGUAUUUUUCAACUCGGGCCGGCGUAGUGUCGUGCCCGAGAUUGCGAACGUCUUCUUCGAGUGCCACCCGUACCAGAACGUGGUCAAGGAGGUGGCCCGCGUGGAGAACGUGGGUCGGCAGGUGCUCAACUGCCAGUGGGCCGUGGCCGAGUGCAAGCGCACUGGGAAGAGCGUCGAACGGGGGCAGGAUACCUUUGUCAUGUCCCAGACCACCUUCACCGUUUUCCCGGGCGAGGAGCAGGUGUGCCGGGCGCUCUUCAGGCCACGUGGCUGCCACCUGCUGAAACAGCGCUACGAACUCCGUAUCUUCCCGAAUGUCAUCGGCUCGGUGCGGAGUAAUUUCGUGGUCCGGCUGACGGGUCGGUGUGUUCCGGCACCGGAGUACACGGACAAGCUGCGGCGCCAUCAGAACUUGGUUACAGACAUGUCCAAGAAGCAUAUGACGGCAGAGUUGGCCGCAAAUCAGGCCUCCAUAGUUCCACUUCUGCAGCCGCACGAGGUUGUGUGUCCCUAUGAGCGGAUUCUCGACGAACGGGAGGUGUUUAACGCCCAGAAUCCGGGUUAUCAUUGCGAGCGGUUUGACGACCUGGAGACUCUGAAAGCACUGCAUCAAGCUCUGAAGAAACCAAGGGAACCCGCUUGGAACCUGCGACUUGAGACAAUACUAGAGGUAAUCCUGCGGCUCCGGGAUCCCAAACAAAGGGAACUCCACUUCGCUAAGCUCGUCAAGGUGCAAGAGUCACUGAAGCGAGGCGGUGGCAAUAGUUCGCUCACCCACUUCAGUCGGAAUGAUGAAAGGAUUAGGUCCAGGUUCAUUUACGUGCGUGGCUGCAUUGGCAAUGGCAUUCAGGAGUGGGAGGAGCUGAUGGCCUCGAUGGAACUGAAUGGUCUUAAGCUGGAGGUAAACCGCUUUCAGGUAAAACAGCAGGAGGAAUAUGAUGAUGAAGACCAAGGUGCAGAUUCUAAGCCCUGGAUGCUACAACUACGUAAGGAAGAUCUCGGCCAGUAUCUCCUCAAGAAACUCCGCUCUAGGAAGGCCUACAAGGAUAGCCUCUACAUGCAGACCUAUUCGCACUUAUGUGACAUGGCCGAAAAUAUGGUGUCGGUAAUCGAGAGCACCCAGAACGCUUAAGUUCGUUAGAUUUCUUUACAUUUUACCCAAGGCAACAAAAUUCUUGGUAUAUGUAAAACUUAAAUGUUGGAGUGCAAAUUUAAUGUGGCCCAAAGACAGUGAGAAAUUGCCAAAACUCUGGCAAAGAAAUAAAAAAAAAUUCCCCAGG